AGCAGCUUAGCAACAGAGAGCGAGAGGACGUUUGCAGUCGAAAGAAUACAACAUAACAGCUCUGCAUUAUUUCUAUUUUUGAACGAAGAAGGGACGGAAAACAACAGGAAGCUACGGCACGAGGAAGCUACAUUUAUAACAUUGUGUAUCCAAAAUAAUUAUUCUAGGCUAGUUGGUUUAAAAGGCGUCAAAUGUAGGCUACACUUUUUCGAUUUAAAAGCAGGUAAUGGAUAGCUAUGUGGCAUGAUAGCGCAUCGUAGCGCUAUCUAGUUUCUCGUAUAAAUCAGAGACACCCGACAACCAACUGAGUGCGGUUUGUUCGUGCCUGUUUCUCCAACCAGGAAAGUUGUUUUUUUUAAUAACAAGCGCUCCAAUUUCUCUUUUAUAUCGACCUCUCUCACCGCCACCCUGAAGUUCGUCGCGGUUUUGUUGGCCGCCGGGAUGCUGGCCUUUCUCGGCGCGGUCAUAUGCAUCAUUGCCAGCGUCUACCCGGGGUCUUCUACCCCAGCUCAUCUCCCACUGGCGGACAACCAGUCGCUGGCUCCGGAUGCACCGUUGCAGUCCCUCUCUCCGGGUUCUGUUGCACACGCUGGUUCUCUGGGCGCUCUCCACGGUUCUGAAUCAACAGAGUCUGGAGGUGUGGGGGUCAGCCUGGAGGCGCCUACAUUAAACGAACUGAGCAAUUCGGGCGGGAUCGGGUCAGGAGGCAGGAAACAGUUUAGUUUUAGUCGCCUCAUCUGCACCCCUAUUCCUGUUGGAGAAUGCAAAACAAAUAACCUUCAGCAACAAGCCGACGAGCCGUCUUCGUACUCGGCCGAGGACCUGGGAUACUUCCGCACCACCGCUGAGCAACUGCGGCAGACCGUGCUGCAGCAGAAAGACCAGAUCCUAAUGGACCAGCGAACAAUAAGGGAACUAACAGGGAAGCUGUCUGAAUGUGAAAGCGGGUUGGAGGAGCGCAGCGCAGAGGUCGAAAGAAGCGUGGGUAUGUGGGGAGAUAACCGCCGUCUCAUGGCUGGCGACGAUGUGCAUUCUCUGGCUUUGGCUCAGAUGCAAACUGCCCGUGCUGUGGAGGAACUAGAACGAGCCAUUCUUCAGUUGAAGGACCGCAUCGAGAAACUGGAGUCAGAGUUAGGCCCGUUGGCCCAUAACCUGUCAGAGAUGAGUUUAAAGGGGCUGGUGGGCAUCUCUGGGGCCCCGCGGAGGCUGGGCGAGACUGCGCCCUGGCGGGUGGAGGACCUGGAGGGCGAGCUGGAGCGCAAGAUCGAUCAGCUGGAGAAGGAAAGGGCCACGCUCCGCAAGCAGUCGCAGAGCCACCACCAGGAGAUCGACCAGGGCAUCAGCACCCUGCACCACCGCAUCGCCCAGCUGGAGCAGAGCCUGUCGGAGUACGACUACCCCGACGGCUUCAAGCUGUCCUUCCCGCUGCGGACCAACUACAUGUACGGCAAGGUGAAGCGGGCGGUGCCGGAGAUGCACGCGCUGACGGCCUGCCUGUGGCUGCGGGCCCGGGAGGGGGGCAUCGGCACGCCCUUCUCCUACUCCGUGGCCGAGCAGCCCAACGAGCUGGUGCUCCUGCAGGGCCUGCACAGCCCCGUGGAGCUGCUCAUCAGCGACAAGGUGGCGCAGCUGCCCCUGUCCUUGCCUCCAGACAGCUGGCAGCACGUGUGCAUCAGCUGGACUCUGCGGGACGGGGUGUGGAAGGCCUACCAGGGGGGCCUGCUGAAGGGCGGGGGGGAGGGCCUGGCUGCCUGGCACCCGAUUCGGGCUGGAGGGGUGCUCAUUCUGGGGCAGGAGCAGGACACUCUUGGGGGCCGCUUCGACGCCUCCCAGGCCCUGGUGGGGGCGCUGUCCCAGUUCAACCUGUGGGACCGGGUCCUGACUCCGGCCGAGGUCUCGGGCCUGGCGCAGUGCAGCAGGGCCUCCCUGGGCAACGUGGUGCCCUGGACGAACAGAGACGUUGAGGUUCACGGAGGGGCCAUCAAGGAGCCUCGCGACCCCUGCGCUGAGCGUGCCAACACCCAGCCCUGAGGAAGAGGAGGAGGAGGAGGAGGAAGAGCAGGAGGUGCUGUGCAGCAGAAUAUCGGGCGUCUGAUUGGCUGUUGUAUUUCUACACAGAAGUGUGUCCAUGCAGUCCCACAGGACGCUACAGGCUUACGCCAUUGCUAGCCUGUGCGUUGCUAGCGCGUGCUGGAUUUUGCUCCGUUUCCCUGCGGGGCAGGUUUGUGAUCUGGUCUACAGUCUUUCAGUGAGCUUGUACAAUGGAGCCGUUCUGCAUUGCCAGAGCUAAGUGCUCCAGAGCCUUGUCUUGUCUCGUGUCCUGCUUGUAUUCUUCUUUUUAAGAGGUGAUUUCUGGUGUAAUCUUCAGUGAUAUUGUUACAUUUUUCUUCACUAGUGAUGGGGCGGGGGAUAUUGUUCUGUACAGCAUAUUUGUCUUCAUGUUAAGCUGUUUGUUAACUUUUUAUCGUAGCGUGUUUUUUGUAGUCUCUUAUGUAGUCUCUUAUGCACCCUUAACACUGGCUAUCCCCACAUUGCCACUGUGUCACAUCGAAAUCAUGAAAAUGGCCGCACAGAAUGACUGCUUACCUUCCUGUACGUUUUCCAAGGCACUGAGUACCAAAUGUACGUUCCCUUAAAGAAUAUUUUGAAAUGACGGGGCCCUGUCAGUGAAGACACUGAGCAUGAAUGCAGGCUGGGCGUUAUAGCGCAGGGCUUAGGCUUGUUAAUGCCAUUAGCCGACUGCGAAUGUGAGACACAUCUGGGCCCAUCCCGGUUUAAGCAGGCUCGGGUUUUCUUCUGGGUUUCCCCUGCAUUCCUCUCAGUGAUGUGAAAUGGCUGUCCUUGAGUAGUUUGGCCAAAAUGGCGUUGGGCUCAAGCAGCUGCCUCAGAGGUGUGUAUGCGUGUCAGUGGCCCCAAAGCCAUCUCCGCAGGAAACCACAAGUGCUUCGGGUAGAGCUGCUGAGGAUGAUUACAGAGUUGGCAGGAUCGAGAAGGAGCAUUCUGGUUGCAUGGAGAUGAAUGGAACCAGCUUGAAUUUACUUCAGGAUAAAGUAACAUUGGUUGAACAUAAUCAAAGCACACCGCAUAUAUUAGAAAACACAGUCAUUGCCGAUUCUUCCAUUCUUGCUGUUUUAAGCAUACAUUUCAGAAAUAAUAUUGCCUGACAUGUAGUUGUUAAUCAUUUAGGGGCAACAUUAGCUCAAGAGGUAAGAGCAGUUCUCUGGCAGUCGGAGGGUUGCUGGUUCAAUCCCGCUCUGAGUGUGUGUACCUGCGUAAGAGCAAAGCUGGUUGGUGCCUUGCAUGGCAGCCAGUCACCAUUGGUGUGAGUGUGUGUGAAUGGGUGAAUGAGAAGUGUUAACUGUACAUUGUUGUAUAAAUGCAGACCAUUUAAAGGUAUUCUAGAAUGUAUGCAUAAAAAUACUUUUAUGAAAGCUGCAAUAAUGUAUACAGUACAUAUUCUAAAUGGCAAAAGGAGUCCAUUCUAUCAUAUGUAGUGUGCACAGAGAGCUAUUUGAGUGCCCCUAAUUUUGUGGUUUGAACGUAGCUAAAAUGAAGAAUGGAAUGAACACAUUGUCAUCAUUUUCCACACUGACUGUCAUGUUAAUAAAAAUAUACCGUUAUUUCAAAAUAAAAAUCAAAAAUCAAAAGCACACUCCCGUAGGCCCAUUGAUACCCACCACCAAGCUGUUUUGCAAAUGUUCAUUUUUUCUGCUCAGUUUUGUUGAAAGAGAGUAGGAAGCAGUGUGACAAGGUACAGAACACAAUCAUUUGGGUGCCUACCGCCACUACCCAGAUCUGCCCAGCUUUACCCAUUCUGUCUCCCAGUAACCAACAUGAUUGUAAAGUGCCUGUCUGGGUAAACAUGGCCCACAAUGCUCUCUUUUUUCCUUCUUCUCCUGCGCUUUUGGUUUUUGGGACGAUCAGCUGCGAUGUCAGUGCUGUGCUUGUUUACCUCUGCAUCUCUGUGGCUCUCCUGUGAAAUAUGUGUAUGAAAAGUAAAAUGAUUAAAAACAAAAUGGCUGACAAUGCUA